AUGAACCAGCUGCCGUCCUUCCUGCAGCCUGCCGCGCGCAAGCAACCUCGAUAUUCAACCCGACCAUUUUACACCACGUUGUUGGUGUUCACAUUUAUCGCAGCAGCGAGUUGGGUUUUAACUGGUGCUGAAAAUGAACAUAUAAAGUCUGCACAACCGGGUACAGCAACGGGUAUAGAUCUAUUCAAGCGAGAUGUUGAACUAGAGUGCCGUUUGGUCCGCAACGUCAAAGAUCAGUGUGCCUAUGUCCGCGCCAACUGCCCAGAUCACGAGGAUGGCUUAAUCUCUUAUCUUCAGUUUUACUAUUGCGGGCUGUCCAAUGCCAAGCCAGUAGCGUUCAUAAUAUUGAUACUCUGGUUAUCGCUUCUCUUCAGUACCAUCGGAAUUGCGGCAAGUGAUUUCUUGUGUAUUGAUCUAAGCACAUUGGCCAGCAUUCUGGGAUUAAGCGAGAGUCUCACAGGCGUGACCUUCCUUGCAUUUGGCAAUGGAAGUCCUGAUGUUUUUUCCACCUUCGCCGCCAUGCGGUCGAAUAGCGGGAGUUUGGCAAUUGGCGAGUUGAUCGGAGCUGCCACUUUCAUCACUUCCGUUGUCGCAGGCUCUAUGGCCCUGGUUCGACCGUUCAAGGUCGCGCGAAGGAGCUUCGUCCGAGACGUGGGUUACUUCAUUGUGGCCGUCGCUUUCAGUAUGGUUUUGCUUGCCGAUGGAAAACUUCAUACCUGGGAGUCAGCCGCCAUGGUAUGUUUGUAUGCCUUCUAUGUCGUAAUGGUGGUAACCUGGCAUUGGUAUUUGGUACAAAAACGUCGAAAGAAUGAGAGAGAUCUCGCAGCGCGAGCUCACUUCCAUAUUCCGGAAAACCAAGAAUUGGAGAUUGAAGACGUUGCCGAGGACGAUGACCCAGGUGUAGGGUCAGAGUCACGAAGUCUUCUCCGCGGAGCUUCGACCGAGGAUUUUGAUCUUUUGGAACGCGCCGAGGCUAUGCCUUUGUGGAAAGAAGAGGAGGAAGAGGAUGAUGAAACUCGCAAUCGUUAUUUGGCCGAGAUUCGUGACAACAUGCACGUCUAUCGGCCCAUGCGAUCAAGGCGCAAUACGAUGAACCCCAUUCGACCAAGUUUGGUCGGUGCACUGGAGUUCCAGUCUGUGCUUCACUCACUUCGGAAAUCCAGAAAUUCCCAUCGCAAUCCAACAAUAAGUUUGAAUGGUUAUUCAGAUGAUGUUGGGUCUGAUUUUGACACGCGCUCGGUGGCGUCGCAUCCCCGCGCCAGUCGACCAUCUGGCAACGACCGCCUGUCGCCGUCUAGUGCAGCAGGCUCCUCGCGAGUACGAGCUGUAUCGGCCAAUGAUGUCGAUGGCUUGAAGUUAGACUCCAGCGUCUUGGAUCACCGGCCAAAACAAGGUCCAUUGCUCACAGUGAGCAAGCCUUCUUUUGAAGAUACUUCGGGCCAAGAAGCGAUGAGGUCACGCCAGCUUCCUCGAAUCGAAACUGGUUUGGCGCUGACUGUGUCGUCUUCGCCUUCUUUAUCGCCAAAGUUGAGCCCAGUGGACACAGCGCCUCAAUCCCCUGACCGGCUUUCUCCAUCAGAUGCGCUCAACUCUCCCAACUUUUAUAGCGCCGGCAUGCAUGAGCGUUCCCCGAUGUCGGUAUCUCCUCGGGGUACCACAACCCGCCGCUCCUCAGGUCUCAGCGCAGAGAGUCCUUCAAUCCCCUUCCCAUCAUAUACUGAUCUACCAUCCGCGGCAAUUUCUCGACCACCUAGCAUUCGACUUCCAAACGUAACUAGUCCGUUAGAACGGCUUCAAAUUCACGAUGGAUACGAUGAUGUUGCUCAUCAGAUUGGUUGCACACUGUUCCCGACUUUGGCAGGCUGGAAAUCCAAGAACGUCUGGGAACGACUUCUUGGUAUUAUUGCAGCUCCGAGUGUGCUGCUUCUUACUAUAACAGUUCCAGUUGUUGAGCCGCAGGCCCCAGAGUCUACAGAAUUAGAUCCCAUCCCUUCAGUGAUCAUCCAGGAUGUCGGCAAUGGAGACAAUCCAACCCCAAGAGUCAGACUUCCAGCCGACAGUCCAGUGAUUGCGGCUCAAGUAUAUGACCAAGCCGGAUCAGUUUCUAACGUGCCAUCAACCCACCCUCAUCGAAAGUCAUCAUAUGAACAUACCGGUCGCCCGCGCUGGGACUCUGAAUUACCUGCUGUCCCGGUGGCAGUGUCAACUCCCGUGGAUCCUGUGUCGACAAAAGACUGGAAUCGUUGGCUGGUUUCCAUUCAGCUCUUCACGGGACCCUUCUUUGCCGUGCUUAUCGCCUGGACGACAAUGGACGAAGAUCGUAAUCCACGCAACCUCAUUCUUCCCUCCCUCAUCUCUCUCCUAUCCUCCUCCAUCUGUCUCAUAGCCCUGACAACAAGUACCCGUCGCCAACGAAGCCACCGACGACCCAGUACAGACCUCUCACUGCCUCUGCUCCCAGAUGAAUCUCAAUCCCACAAACACAACAUGCCAUCUCAAUGGCGGCCCUUCCUCUCCCUUCUCGGCUUCCUAGUCGCCAUCUCGUGGAUUGCCACAAUUGCCACAGAGGUUGUCUCCCUACUCAAGACUGUCGGCGUCAUCCUUAACAUCUCCGACUCCCUGCUUGGCCUAACCAUCUUCGCCGUCGGUAAUUCGCUAGGCGAUCUAGUUGCCGACAUCACCGUCGCCAGACUCGGGUACCCGGUCAUGGCUCUGAGUGCCUGUUUCGGUGGCCCCAUGCUUAACAUUCUCCUCGGCAUCGGGCUGGGUGGUCUGUACAUGACUCUCAAUGGCGGGAAUAACAGACACGAUGAGGCAGUGCAGGGUGUCGGCACCCUACAAGUCCCCUAUGAGAUUGUCAUCUCCAAGGUGCUGGUCAUCAGCGGGGUGACGCUUUUGAUUAUAUUGGUUGGCCUGUUGAUAAUUGUUCCCAUGAACAAUUGGAGAAUGGACCGCAAGAUUGGUUGGGGUCUUAUUGUCGUUUGGUGUGUGAGUACCUUAGGAAAUGUGAUUGCGGAGGUUGUCUCUUGA